UAAUUAUCAUACGAUACGAACCUUAGAUAUUAAACAAUCUUACAAACUUUAAAAAAUUAUGUUUUGUUAUAAAACUAACUUUUGCAAGAAGUAUUACCCAUUAUAAUAAAAAUAUUUCAAAUUAGGCAGCGAUUAACCUGAUUAAAAAGCGAAGAUCACAAAAAUUCCUAUUAAUGAUAUAGAAGUUGACUAUCAAAAUGCCGUUGUUAGAAUCUUGUUGGUCACCAUGUAUCUGGUCUUCCAACGUCAAGGCUGGUAGCAAAGCAGUCGCUAUAUACACAGCAGCUAUGAGUAUAGUCCUGAUAACCUUUAUUGGAUAUCAGAUGGCUGGAGGAGAUUCCACUCAAAUUUGGAACCCAUUAUUUGAAGCUGAUGUUAGAGGAUCGCUCCAGGUCUUUGGUAUCAUAUUUAUUAUCAUACUAUUUGGCUUAUUUAUAUCUUCAAUUUUAAUGGUUAUUGGUAUGAAUAUCUGGAUGAGAGGGUUAAUGCUUCCCUGGAUGCUGACGAUGGGCCUGAUUAUCACUUUCCAAUGUGUCUUCAGCUUAUGGCUCAUUGGUGGAUAUUAUAUUUAUUUGGAUGCAACAUUUGCAGCAUUACUUAACUUUCUCUGGUUAGGAUAUAAUAUCUACUGCUGGUUGUGUGUGUUUUCACAAUAUCAGGUUAUAUUAGAGAUGCAGUCACCAAAUAUUGAAAUUCUAGUAGAAUACUGAAUCACAUAAUUAACAUUAACUUCUAAAUGAAUUUAAGAUUUUCCUUUUAACUUUGCAUUUACAUUUUUUCACUCUGUUCGAACCCUAAAAAUGGACUAGAUAACAAUUGAAUAAUGGCCUUGAUAUUUUCUAUGCAAAAUACUUUCUGUAAAUCCAGAACAUAGAUUAAGAAAAACUUGGAGGUAAGGACAUUUUAGCCAACUAGUAAAUUGUUGUUUUAAGCUGGAAUACUUAUGUAAUAUUUACACCUUAUUGAUUUAUUAAGUAUAUCAAUAGUUGUAUGUAUUUGUAAAUUAUUAUGUUUUACAUCAUUUAUAGUUAAUAAGCUGACUGAAGUUUUGACAUUUUAUCUAUAAUUAUGAAUCUCACAAAUUUAUAUGGUAAGUACAACAGGUCCGUCCAUAUAGACUUUAAUUAAGUUUUAGAUUAUUGUAACAGGAGUAGAUAGUUAAUAAAUAUAUUUAUAUUUUUAUUGACUUUUUUAUUUUUCAUAUUGCAUUUUUUGUAACUAAAACGCAUUUAAAAGGGCACAAACUUAAAACUAAAAUGUUUGUUAUAUCAUAUGCGAAUCAUCAUGUUUAAUUUGAUUAAAUAAAUUGUUGU